AUUAAAAAGCUAAGAAAACUUAAAUGGACAGUGAAUUUCAGGAGAACACCUCGAUGAUGGGAAAAGACCACCUCGAAAGCCAGAGAGAACUAUAUGAAGAGAGCAUCCCUUCUAAUACAAAUGAGGAGGUGAUUGGACCCCUCCAAUAUGGUUCCGAAAUUGUGAAUGAAGAUACCUCUCAAAGGAAUAAAGAGGAAGAUGAAGAAGCUAAAGCAGUCAUUGACUCAAUCUCUCAAGGAAAGGUUAAGCUAUUCAAGAAAGCCAAAUUUCAAGCUUUCAGUGCAGCCAUCUCCCACGAAGACCAUGUAAUGAAAGUUCAAGAUCAUUUAGAUCUAAAUCAUUCAAAGCCAACUAAUUCUGUAGUCGCUUUCAGGGUUGUAGAUCCCAGUUCAAAUACUGGAAUCAGUGAAGGAUUUGAUGAUGACGGCGAGGAAGGUAGCGGGGAAAAAUUACUCAGACUCCUGCAAAAGCUUGGAGUCGAAAAUGUUGCUCUCAUUGUCUGCGUCUGGCAUAAUAACAUGCCAGGCCAUCUUGGAACAGAUUUCUACAGAAUGGUACUUGAAAGAGCAAGAGAUUUGCUAACAGCCCUUCAUAAUGAAGUCAUGCAACAAGAGAAUUCUAGUGCUUUGGGAGGUGAAUUCGUUAAUAAUGAAGCUCCUACCAUGGAAAGAAAAACUGUUGAAAGCAAGGUUUUUAACAUAGCCCAAGCAGUAGACAUUUCUAAAGGAAAAGAAACCACUCAAAGUAUUAAAUCAGAUGCUCACAAGAAAUUUCUUGAAGAUAAUUCAAUCAAUUUCUUGCCUCAGGUUGACAAAUUGACUUAUAAAGAGUCUGUUCAGAACCUCGAAAAGGCAGGAAAAUCUUUAACUAAAGGUCACAUCAGAGAAUUCCUAUCCUUUGUAAGACCUGAGCCUAUCAUAGGAAAGCUAUUCCAAGUUAUAGCCAUGAUUAAAGGAUAUAAAAAUCCCAACUGGAGUAAAUGAAGAGAUUUGCUAUCAAAUCCUACUUUUAAGAUUGAACUCCUCAGUUUUAGAGGCAGAGACUAUGACUCAGAAAAUGUCCUAAAAGCGUUUAAAAUCUUUGAAAGCUCAGCCAUUUCGUUUACACAGAAAUCACCUCGAAAGAAAGAUUUUUACCAAAAAUUUUACGAAAUUCUUCCAAAAAUUUCAGACGGUUCUGUGCAUGUGUUUGAUUGGAUCAUUUCUUUCUUCAAAGCCUAUUCGGGAUAUUCGAAAUUUGGAGAUCUCCAAAAUGAUAAAAUUGAACUUGGUUCUGAUAUUGGAGAAAUCACUAUGAGAACAAAGAUGAUGAUGAGACAAGAAAUGAAGAAGAACAGAAAGCCUAAACAAAUUAAGAUAAAACAGACAGCACUUCUGUCUCCUGAAGAGAGAGCUGAUAAAGAUUACUACAGGUUUCCAGAUGAUCAAACAGAGGAUAAAAAGACAAGUCAAGUCAAACCAAACAUCGGGAUGUUCCUUCAGAACAAGCAAAUGAUGUUUGGUGAUGACUCCUUAAUCCCAGAAGAAGGCAAGAAAUCCUCACUAAUAGACUACAAUGCUUUAAAGAGAGGAGCCAACUUUCUCAUAGACGAAGAAGAAGAGCUACGCAAAAGAGAACAACUCGAACAAGAGCAGGCUGACCGAAGAAUGAUUAUGGAGAAAUAACUCCAAAUUUAAGGUCGAAAACCUUCCUAAUAAGACCGAGCUAAUGCUAGAGACACUUAAGGAUAUUGACUAUGAAGAACAACCCCUAGAAGUACUGAUAGCCCUUGCGGAGAGACUUAAGAAAAAGAGAAUGGAUAUGUUCCCAGAUGCGCAACCAAUGUAGAAUAUUUCAACUUUUUAUAA